UAGAUAACCACUGAAAGUCAUGUAAAUAUCGUCGACCUUAAAAAGUUAAUGAUUCAUUUUCCCGAGGGCGGGUGAAGUUUACGUUUUAAGCAAUUCUUCCUAAGUGGAUUGUCGUUGUUGUGGGUUCUGUGAAACAAUCUACUGGUUUUUAAAUAUAAUUGAUUAUGAAAAGUGUUCGGAACGGGUGGGUGAGGAGCGACAUAUCAAUGGUCGGUAAAAACAUCAUAAUAACCGGCGCCAAUGCUGGAAUAGGAUUUAUAACUACCAGAGAUCUUGUAAAACGCGGAGGAAGAGUUAUAUUAGCGUGUAGAAACAUGGAACUUGCUUUGGCUGCGAAAGACACAAUUUUAAAAGAAACUGGAAAGGAAGAAAAAUAUGUUGUUGUGAAGAAACUGGACUUAAGUUCACUGCAGUCUAUACGAGAUUUUGCGCAUGACAUUAAUCAGACAGAACGUCGAAUCGAUGUUUUAAUCAAUAAUGCUGGCGUCAUGCUUUGUCCGGAAACCAAAACAAAAGACGGAUUUGAAUCUCACUUCGGUGUAAAUCAUUUAGGACACUUUUUGCUCACCAAUUUACUUCUGGACCUGUUAAAGCAUAGCGCUCCAAGUAGGGUAGUAAUUGUUGCAUCUGAGGCACACAGAAUUGGGAAAACGUAUAUACAAUGGAGUGACAUGAAUUCAGGUGAAGGAAUGGACACAUACUGCCGAAGCAAACUGAUGAACAUUUUGUUUGCUAGAGAACUUAGUGAUCGUCUAAAAGGAAGUGGCGUGACGGUUAAUUCUUUGCACCCUGGUGUGAUACGUUCUGGAUUAUGGCAACAUUUACAUGACGAAGAAUUGUCAAUAUGGAGGUGGGUUCUUCACAAAACUAUGAACCCAUUUAUGAAAAUGUUCUGGAAAUCGCCGGAGUACGGAGCACAAACCACAAUUUACUGCAGUGUAGCGCCUGAGCUGCUAAACGUCACGGGCAAAUAUUUUAGCGACUGUGCAAUUGCGUACGAAAGUGGUGAAGCAAAGAGCAAAAGAAAUGCUGUUAAACUGUGGAACAUUAGCUGCGAAUUGACGGGAAUUAAUGAAUUUAUAACCUUUCCUACACAUAGACUUUGAUUUCAAGUUUUAAAACGUCGAGUAACUAUGAACUGAGUGACGUAAAAUGAAGUUUUUGUGCAAUCAAAUUCGUUACAUAGUGUACCUGUAGUAAUAUCAAUUUAAUAUUUUUAUAUAAUUAAAAGCCCACUGUACAUGCA